AUGGAGAAAAGAAUCAUUUUCCUCAUCAUCAUUACGUGCUCAUCUUUUGCGAAGGGAACAACUACAGGAAGUAAAACAACAGAAAAAGUUUUUUCUCCAACAAUUUCUACAAAAACAACAACCUUUUCCACACCACUUCCAACAAUCCCAACAACAACAUCCUCUUUUUCAACAAUAAACAUUUCUACAUCAACUUCAGCAGUUCCUCCUGCAAUAGACUUUUUUAGAAUAAAUUCAACAACACCUUUUUCUCCAACAAUUUUCCGCACAACAACAACUUUUUUGACAUCAACUUCCUCAACAACUACGACUUCUUUAACCACAUCUAUAGCAGAAGAAAUUCUAAUAACUAGGAAGCCAAAACCCCAAGAUACGAGAAAAACUCAACAACUUCUCUUACAACUACAACUUCUCAAACAACAACAAAAGCAUCUCCAACAACUUCAACAACAUCCACUAUUACAACAACUACAAAAAUUACAACAAAAACAACCAUUUCUUCAACAGCUUCUACAGCAACAGCAUCAAAAGCAGAGCAGAGUAAUUCUAGAAUGUGUUCUUCAACAGCUGCAGUUUAUCCUUCAGCAACUUCUUUUACUACUACAAAUUCUUCAACAGCUACAGCAACAACUACCUUUGCAACAACAAAGGCCUAUUGUUGAGCAACUUUUACAGCAACAACAAGUUUCCCUCCAACAAACACAAAACCAGCUACUACCUAUUCUCCAAGAACAACAGCUUGUUCUUCAACAACAAAUACAACAACAUCUUCAGCAAGUUCAAGAUCAACAGCAUCCUAAGCAAAUCCAACAGCUUAGUCAACAACUUCAGCAACAACUAUGUAACUCCUUCAACAACAGUUUGGUCUCAUCAGGUUGUGAAAUAACAAAAUAUAACUGUUCAGCUAAUGCUUCAACAACCUAA